AUUCUCUGUGAUACUUAUGGUCACUUACUAAUUAAUAAUUCCACCUUCAUUUUCUUUAUUUGUUGAAAUGCAUCAUUUGACAUAGCAUUCAGGCAAACACUGAAAAACAGCUGUAAAUGGCAGAUGUUAUACACAAAAGGUUCAGCUUGUUUUCAUUACACCAAUAAAGUUCUUGUUUGGAAUUCCAGAUGGUGACAUCAUCAAACAGGGAAUGAUUCCCCAAAUAAGAUUUAUUUCUAAGACUGUUUGACAGCAGACUUGUACUAUGAAUGAUGUCAUCGACUGAGAAAUAAAAUCGUUUCUGUGUUAUUAAUUUCUUUGUUUAUCCUGCACUGCAGUGGGAAUAGGGUUGUCAGUUCUGCAGUUCCUGUUUUAUAAAUAGAAAUGGCUGAUUUGAUUGAAAUGGUGGAACCUAAAGUGGAGUUAAUGCCUCCCAUGUUGUCACACGCUUUUGGAACAUGCCGGCUGCCUUUGUGGUCUCGUUGCCUGUUCUGCACUUCUGGCAUUUUCCACACAAUGGUGCACAUUUAUGCACAGAUGCUGUUGGGCCUUUCAGACGGCUACAGCCUGAAUCCCAGCCUAGAGAAAUGAGUAUCACCCCCACAAGGGAGACGCACUGAUACACCGUGGACUGCAAGCUCAAAAUCUGAUCACCUGGGAUGCCUCUGGAACCCGAGGCGCCGUGGGGCAGAGGAGCUCCUGCACAGACUGCGAGCAGCGGCACCAGAGCGACAAUGACCUGUUUCAUGCCAGAAUCAGUGCUCAUCUACCUCAACAGUCCCAAGUUCCUGAUAUAUGUCAGUGGAGCGUUGUCCAUGUGGGGCAACCGCAUGUGGCAUUUCGCCAUCUCCGUAUUCCUAGUCGAGCUGUACGGUCGCAACCUGCUCCUCACUGCUGUGUUCGGCCUAGUAGUGGCCGGCUCUGUGCUACUUUUUGGAGCGCCGAUUGGUGACUGGGUCGACCGACACCCCAGGAACAAAGUGGCCCACGCGUCGCUGUUCAUCCAGAACAUAUCAGUGACAGUGUCUAGCAUCGUGCUCAUGCUGGUCUUCUCCUACAAGCACUGGAUCGAGCGGAUCUGCAGUGGCUGGCUCACUGUGUUUUGUUAUACGCUGGUGAUCAUCCUGGCAGAUGUGGCAAACCUGGCAAACACGGCCUUGACCAUCGCCAUCCAAAGGGACUGGAUCGUGGUGAUCACCGGCUGUAACCGCGCGCGGCUUGCGGAAGUGAAUGCCACCAUGCGGCGGAUUGAUCAGGUGACCAACAUCCUGGCUCCGCUCGCCGUGGGCCAGGUCAUGACGCUGGCGUCCAACGUCGCCGGCUGUGGUUUCAUCCUUGGUUGGAACCUGGUGUCCCUCAUGGUGGAGUUCAUCUUGCUUUCAAGGGUGUAUCGCAUGGUUCCCAUGCUGGGCGUAAAGGCCGGACCGGGCAAGGCAGAGGGGCCGGGCAGGAGCUCAUGUGUGGAGCCACAGGUGAGUGGAGCCCCUGGAGGCCUGGAGCAGAACUGCAGAAGUGGCGUCCAAUCGAAAGAAAUGGGCGAAUCUCCCUUAUGUAUCUGGAGGUUCAGGCAACUGCUGAGAACCUGGAGAGACGGCUGGAAGGCCUACUACCGCCAACCGGUCUUCCUGGCGGGCAUGGGGCUGGCCUUCCUGUAUACCACGGUGCUCGGGUUCGACUGCAUCACCACGGGUUACGCCUACACUCAGGGCAUCAGUGGCUCCCUGCUGAGCCUGCUCAUGGGCGUGUCUGCCGUCACUGGCCUGGCGGGCACCGUCAUGUUCACGCGGCUGAGGAAGGCCUACGGCCUGCUCGACACAGGCCUCAUCUCCAGCUGCCUGCACCUCAGCUGCCUGACGCUCUGCUUUUUCUCCAUCUUCGCUCCCGGCAGCCCCAUGGAUCUGAGCCGGCUGGGGCAUCUCAUGGGGGCCAAUACGGAGGACCUGGGGGGCCAGGGCAAGAGGCACAGCCACCCCUUCCGGGGCAGCAACAACCAGCCUCUCCUCCCUGACCGCUCGUCCAUUCACUGGACCAACAGCACUGUGCUCUUUCAGAACUUCCACACUGGCUCUGCACCUGAAUCUUAUAUCUCCAUCAUCCUUUUGUUCCUGGGUGUCAUCACAGCUCGUGUUGGUCUCUGGUCUUUCGACCUGACGGUCACACAGCUGCUCCAGGAGACCAUAAGCGAGUUGGAGCGGGGCGUGGUCAGUGGAGUGCAGAGCUCUAUCAACUACCUGAUGGACCUUCUGCACUUCGUCAUGGUCAUCUGUGCAUCGCAGCCUCAGCACUUUGGCAUCCUGGUCAUCAUCUCCGUGCUCUUCGUCGCUGCUGGGCAUGCCAUGUACUUCACGUACGUCCGCAAGGCCAAGAAAAAGCAGCGGAUUGACACAGAAUGCUGCCCGGGUCCCGCUGCCGUACUGACAGCUUCAUCUCCUCCCUGCAUCCGCGUUGUGAACAUCCAAGGUUCAAGGUUACUUUACUGACAACAACAGCUGUGUGCACAUACAUAGUGAGGUGAGACAAUAUUUCUGCAUGGACCGCAAUUCAACAUACAUCGACAUAUAAUAAAAUACAAUGUGCAACAUGAACAAAAACAAUACUAAACUGUGCCACAAAAUAACAAUAUAGGACAAUGGGAUACUGAGAUACAUUCUGUACACAUAUUAAAAUAUAACCAGCAUAAUGUAGCAGCAUGAUGAAUAUCAAUUAUUGUACACAAUGAAAAUAUUGCAGCAUUGGUGAAGUAGCAGUUUCCUUCAGUACAUCGCUGCCUGUCUGUCAUGCCUCCAAUCUCAGCGACAUGGAGCAAAGCCCAGCCCAGGAUGGACUGAAACAUGUACCUCUAUCAGUCAAUGUGGAAACAACCAGA